ACAGCUGGGAUCGACUCCUUGGAACCAGGACUGACAUUCCCUCAGCUGGACUGAGGCUGGAACCAGAACCACUAGGUAACCAUGGCAGGUGAUGAUUGUGUAAGGAAACGCCAGUCUGGCUCCACUGCAACCUGCAAGACCCCUGAGAAUGAAGAAACAGAGAGAAGACCUGAGAGUGAGAGGUCCUUUCAAAACUCAAGCAAUGGCUGGGUUGAUGUCGACCACGUGAUAACGAGGAAAAUGCAGCUGAUAGCAGAAGCUGAGCAAUUGAAGCCAGCUUUCAUGAAGGAGGUGGACAGCCACUUCACAGAAUUUGUGAACAGUUUGGUGGCAAAAUCAGCUCUCCUGGAUUCCUCGUCUCCAGCUUCCCUUUUCCCAGCUUCCUGUGCAGAGAAGGAACUGCACAAAGCCAAAAAUUCAAGGGCCCCUCCAGAACACGGGAAAAUCUUUACUGCCAGGAGGUCUCUCUUGGAUGAGCUGUUUGAAGUGAGUCACAUCAGGACAAUCUACCACAUGUUCAUCGCUCUUCUCAUUGUCUUCAUCCUCAGUACACUUCUAGUAGACUUCAUUGAUGAAGGAAGGCUGGUCCUUGGAUUUGAUCUCCUGGUCUUUGUUUUUGGAAAGUUCCCAGUUGUCUUCUGUACCUGGCUGUGCAUGUUCAGUGCCACAGUAGUUGUUCCAUACAAUCUUUUUGUCUGGUGGGCCCAAGGCUAUUCCAGUUCUUCCCAUCGUGGAGUCCACUCUUUCUUCUAUGGGAUGUUGUUCACACUCUUCCAGAUAGCUGGGCUUGGCCUUGGACCAACCUAUGUUGCUGUAGCCUAUGCCCUGCCUCCAGCUUCCCGCUUCAUUGUAAUACUGGAACAGGUUCGUCUUGUUAUGAAGGGUCAUUCCUUCAUCCGGGAGAAUGUACCCAGAGUCCUCUCCUCGGUGAAGGACAAAUCUGGCACAGUACAUAUUCCCAGAAUUUCUCAGUACCUGUAUUUCCUCUUUGCUCCCACCCUCAUCUACAGAGACAGCUAUCCCAGGAAUCCCACAAUAAGAUGGGGCUAUGUAGCUACCAAGUUUGCACAGGUGCUUGGUUCACUUUUCUAUGCCUACUACAUCUUUGUGAGACUCUGCAUUCCCCAGUUUCGUAACAGUAGUCAGGAAACCUUCAACCUUCGAGGGCUGGUCCUCUGUAUCUUCAACUCCAUCCUGCCAGGGGUACUGAUUCUCUUCCUGGUGUUCUUUGCAUUCCUUCACUGUUGGCUCAACGCGUUCGCUGAGAUGCUGCGCUUUGCAGACAGGAUGUUCUACAAGGACUGGUGGAAUUCCACAUCCUAUGCAAACUACUACAGAACCUGGAACGUGGUAGUACAUGACUGGCUCUAUUACUAUGCCUACAGGGACUUCCUUUGGUUUUUUGGUAAGAAAUUCAGAGCAGCAGCCAUGCUGUCUGUCUUCACCGUGUCAGCUGCUGUACACGAGUAUGUCCUCAGCAUCUGCUUUGGCUUCUUCUAUCCAGUUCUCUUCUGCCUGUUUUCAUGCUUUGGAGUGGUCUUCAACUUUACCCUGAAUGACCGUCGGAAAGGGCCCUUCUGGAAUGUGAUCAUGUGGACUUCCCUCUUCCUGGGCCAAGGUGUCAUCAUCUGCCUCUACAGCCAGGAGUGGUACGCCCGCCAGUACUGCCCCACGGAAAAUCCCACAUUCCUGGACUAUUUAAAGCCACGCUCGUGGUCGUGUCAUAUGAAGAUGUGAAAAUGAGGUGCUCUGGCCAUGUCAUCACAGAAAAACAGAGGUGUCCUCCAAGUCUUUGGACCAAUGAUCUAACUUACUACAGACUUUUUCUAAGGGAAGUUGUGCCUCCUGAUUAUUGGGGAGAAACUGUAAUUUUUUUAAACAUUGCUGGAGCAAACCAGUUGACCUGGAUUGCAACAGACUUCAAAGGCAGCAUCUAUUACAUGCUGUCCCACUUUGAGCCAUUUCCAUGCCAGUAAAACAUUGAGCUGAAGGUGGAGUCUACUGGAAUCCUACUCAUCCAGGGGUCCCCCCAAAUUGCUGCUUUUCUGGGCAAGCUAAGUCAGAUUUGCUGGUAGCUCAUUGUUGGUAUCCGUCCAUCUUUCUUAGCCAUGCCUUUGCAAUUUUUUUCUCCUUUUUGGUAAUGGGAUGUCUACAAAACUUCUGUUCUUCAUGAUCCUGCCUGCCCCUGUGACAUGGACAAGUGGCAGAGCAACAGGGUGUUUGCAUCCUUGCUCUGAAGAUGGCCCAAGUUUUCCUGGCUGGCUUCAAACUGCAUCCUGUGUAUGUUGGCUGCCAAGAGACAUAAAAUGGGCAGAGGAAGAGGGAUUGUCACUGUGCUGAGUCAGGUUCAGAAGCAGGGCAUGGUGUGUGCAGUCUUCAUAUGACUUUUUACACCAAAAUUUUGUUUUCUCUGUAUUAAUUCAGUUCCCAGCUGCCUUACAGCAUUUUUCUUCUCUGAAGGCCCUUGUGACUCGAGGAGUACUUUUUCUUUCUGCUCUUCCUUUCUCCUGCUCUAGGUAAUCAGUUCUUUUAACAUUAUUAACUUGUAAAAGAGCUUUUGCUUUAAUUUGGCAGGUGCUUUAAGGUAUACAGGUUGUUAAGUGUUUCUUUACUAAGAAAAACUUGAAAUACUAUGACCCAACUGUAAGAAAAUGGGAUCAACUUUACAGGUACAGAGCAUGAUCUUGUUUCAAAUGGCCACGUGCAGUUCAAUGUGCCAGCACACCUUGCCCAUGUGGAUUGGAGAAGUUUCUAAUGCUGCUGGGGAAUGAGGAUUGGCCCAGAGCUGCUUUGUCACCUGCCUGUGUCUGCCCUGACAUCAGAGGGGGCUUCAGGUGGAGAUCAGCUUCCUGGGUACUGCCCUCUUGAUGAAGAGGUAGCACAUCUUCCCACACACACCAAAUAAGGCAGGGGCUUUGUGUGAGUUUGGUGUUUCCAUAGCAAUUUUAUCAGUCAGAGUUCCUUCAGCUCCCUUGUUCUGUCAGGUGCUAAACAGAACAGGGAACUUCCAGAGUGUCUGGGUACAGAUCACUCCAGUUUUACUGGAACUGUAGCUCCCAUUAUUGGAGAUGGGGUCAUCUGAUGGGCAUGUCUUAACUUUGGUGAAAAGGGCCACCUGACAGAGAUACCAGAACUUUGGUGACAAAUAUUUUAGAAUUACUCAAAUGUUACCAGAAAAUGUCAUUUCCUUACUACCUACAGCCCUGUGUAUUUCAUACCAGCAGUAUUGGGACCAUUGAUGGGCUUGUCUCCCAAGCCACUUCAGGCUCUCCUUUGUGCUUCUGCUUUCACUAACCUCAGUCAGAAGUAAUUUCAUGAAAUCUAGGGAACACUUCAACUCUUCCAACUCUUCAGUAAGAAGGAAUGAAGCUCUUCAGAAAGGACAUUGUCCCAGGUCAAAUUUGCCAAAUAGUGUUUCUGUGUAAGGUUCUCCUCUGAAAACACCUCCUGCUAAAAAUUGUUUGAUGAAACCAUUGAAGUAAUUUCACAGGAACUAUAUGCUCAAAUUUGGCAGUAUUCAUACAUAAAAUCCUGAGAAUUAAACUAAUUACAUUAUCAUCAUUCA